AUGCGCCACAAAACCAGUCAAUCGGAUAAUAUUGAAAACAAUUUUAUCACCAAAGAAGUGGCAAUAAUUGCUUCAACUUUUUCAAUACUAGUUAUAAUUGUCGGCAUAAUUGGUAAUAUAUUAACAAUUAUAGCAUUGGUUAAGGGAUCUCCUAAUCUUCAAAGUCAUGCGACCACUAAAUUUAUAGUGAAUUUAGCGGUCAGUGAUUUGAUGUUUAGUGCCCUAAACCUACCGCUUACUACUGUCCGCUAUAUGACCAGGUCGUGGCCUUUCGGCUCAUUUCUUUGCCAUUGGUUUCCAUUCUUCUUCUAUGGCAAUGUCGCCACUUCGCUCAUGUCUAUCGCCUGUAUUACAAUCAAUAGAUUUGUAUUCAUUGCAUAUAAUGCUCGAUAUUCAAGAAUUUAUACAAAACUAAAUGUUUGUCUAAUGAUAUGUUUUUGUUGGUGUUUCUCAUUUGGACUAAUGAUGUUUCCAUUGUUGGGUAUUUGGGGCCGAUUUGGUCUCAAAGUGACCACAUUUUCGUGUACAAUAUUAGCCGACACUGGCGGACAUUCACCGAAAAAGUUUUUAUUUGUAUUUGGAUUUGUUUUUCCAAUAACUGUGAUAACAAUUUGCUAUACAAUUAUUUGGAUUCAUGUUAGACGACAAUCGCGGAACACAUUGAAGACCACCAAACGUGACUUAAGGCUAACAAAACUGAUUUUUAUAAUAUUUGGUGCAUUUGUCAUGUGUUUCGCUCCCAAUACUAUCGCCAAUGUUUUAAUCAGUGAAUCCGAAUAUCCAUAUAUUCAUGUAUUGUCAUCAAUGCUCUGUUGGUUAAACUCUUGUAUAAAUCCGUUUAUAUAUUUUGCAAUGAAUGCCAAAUAUCGUCGGGCAUUGAAACGUGUCCUCGCAUUUGGCACCCAUUCAUCCGGUGCUAUGAUUAACGAGUCUAUUGUUUCACAAUCGGAUCAAAUUAAAUCAUCCGUCAUAUAUUGCUUUCAAUGUUUGGCUUCUAAUGACUGA